CAGGAGCCAUUUUUACCAUUCAAGCGGAGUUGCGCGGACGGAGCGGAGGUGCUGCUGUUGUUGCUGCCGGCGUGUGUGAACGUGUGUGUGCGCAUGUGAGAGCGGCUCCGGCCAAGGUUAGUGCGGGUUUACCUCCUGAAAAUCAGCCCGGAGAGAAGUGCGCCCGCUGAGAGCAUGGCUCUUCUGCAACAAAGAGGAAAGUCACAGGGGGAAAGUUUAAAGAAAUAAGGAGCGGCAGGAUUUCCCACUCGGAGACUGGUCGGAACACACACUGAGGAGCGAUGCACUUCGUUAAAUGGGAUUUGUUGCUCAUAUUGUGGUGGUGUAAACUGGUUUCGCUGGUGCAUUGUUUCACUGUUCACAUCAGUGAGGAUGCGGGGCCAAGGACGGCGGUGGCCGGCGUGGAGCGUGGCGCACGGUGUACUUUGGAUCAGGUCCUCGCUCCAAGGUUCACGGAGCGGUUCCUGGAGACGGACGCGGCGGCGGGCACGGUGUUUGUGUCGGACUCGGUAAAGUGCGUCUCGCUGCGCUCCAACCCCUUCACCGUGUACACUGUGGCGGACUGCACGGACUCCGGCCACCGGCACCUCCUGACCAGCCAGUAUGAUGUGUAUGUCCACGGCAGGAACUGUUCGCACACGCGUAAAUGGAAACCUCAGUGGGACAUGGAGGUCCUCAGUUUGCUCAGCGCUCACAGCCGCCACCGCUCAGAGUGCCACCAGGCGCAUUCAGCUUUAUUUCCAGUGGGAGGUCUGCUGCCUGGACCCCCCGUCCGCUGCAAAAUCACCAACAGCCGUGAGUUUUACUUCUCUGAGGGGAACUUGUUUGUGUCUGAGACGCUGUGCUGGAGGCAGGACACCCUCUUGGAGCUGGACCUGCUGUGUGAUGUGCUCACAGGAGAGGGGCUGGAUGUUAAAGUCUCCCCCAUCGCCAUCCACUGGCGCGUGGGUCAGGGUCCCUUCAGGCAGGGCCACCUGGAGAAACUGUUAGAAAAGGCAGCUCAGACUGAUUCAGGGAUUGUGAGCAGGAGGAGGAGAAGCAUCAACAGCAGCCCCCAGUUUCAGCCCCCCAUGUACCAAGUGUCUGUGGCAGAGAAUCAGCCAGCUGGGACUUCUGUUGUUGUUUUGAAAGCAGUGGAUGUGGAUGAGGGGGAGGCAGGCAGGCUGGAGUAUUUCAUAGAGGCUCUGUUUGAUAGCCGCUCUAACAAUCUUUUUGCCGUAGACCUGGCCAGUGGUGUUGUGUCCACUGUGGAGGUACUGGACCGGGAAACAAAAGACACACACGUGUUUCGUGUGACCGCAGUUGACCACGGCACACCUCGACGUACAGCCAUGGCCACACUCACUAUCACAGUCAGUGACACUAAUGAUCAUGACCCUGUGUUUGAGCAGCAGGAUUACAAGGAAAGCAUCAGGGAGAACCUGGAAAUAGGCUACGAGGUGUUAACGGUGAGGGCCACAGAUGGGGACGCCCCAGUUAAUGGGAACAUCCUUUAUCACAUCCUUAACAGUAAUGGGACCAAUGAUGUGUUUGAGAUUGAUUCGAGGUCUGGUGUGAUCCGCACUAAAGGCCUGGUGGACAGGGAGGAGGUGGAAGCCUAUAUGCUGUUAGUGGAGGCAAAUGACCAAGGUCGUGACCCGGGGCCCCGCAGCGCCACAGCUACCGUCCACAUUGUGGUGGAGGAUGACAACGAUAACGCUCCUCAGUUCAGUGAGAAACGCUAUGUGGUCCAGGUGCCGGAGGACAUGACCCCCAACAAUGAGAUCUUGCAGGUCACUGCCACAGACCAGGACCGAGGGAGCAACGCUGUCGUUCACUUCAGCAUCAUGAGCGGAAACACACGUGGACAGUUUUACAUUGACGCUCAGACAGGUAAAAUGGACCUGGUGAGCCACCUGGAUUAUGAGGCCAACAAAGAAUACACGCUAAGAAUCAGAGCUCAGGAUGGAGGCCGCCCCCCACUGUCCAACAUCAGCGGCCUGGUUACGGUGCAGGUGCUGGAUGUUAAUGACAAUGCCCCCAUUUUCGUCAGCACCCCGUUCCAGGCCACGGUGCUGGAAAAUGUGCCGCUGGGUUACUCCAUCAUCCACAUCCAAGCUGUGGAUGCAGACUCUGGGGACAACUCCAGGCUGGAGUAUCGUCUCACUGAAACCACGCCAAACUUCCCCUUCGCCAUCAAUAACAGCACGGGGUGGAUUGUAGUGGCGGCUGAGCUGGACAGGGAGAGUGUAGAUUUUUACAACUUUGGAGUGGAGGCCCGGGAUCACGGCUACCCUGUCAUGUCGUCUUCAGCCAGCAUAAGCAUGACGAUUCUGGACGUCAACGACAACAACCCCGAGUUCACUCAGAAGGCGUAUUACAUGCGCCUGAAUGAGGAUGCAGCCGUGGGGACCAGCGUGGUGACAGUGUCAGCCGUGGACCAGGACAUCAACAGUGUGGUGACCUAUCAGAUAUCCAGCGGAAACACACGCAACAGAUUCUCGAUCACGAGCCAGAGCGGCGGCGGCCUCAUCACGCUGGCUUUGCCUCUGGACUACAAACUGGAGCGCCAGUACGUCCUCACUGUCACUGCCAGCGACGGCACCCGCUUUGACGCUGCUAAGGUGUUUGUUAACGUCACUGAUGCCAACACGCACCGGCCUGUGUUUCAGAGCUCACAUUACACCGUCAACAUCAACGAGGACAGACCUGUGGGCACCACUGUGGUUGUAAUAAGCGCCACAGAUGAAGACACAGGCGAGAACGCACGCAUCACCUACUUCAUGGACGACAGCAUCCCUCAGUUUGACAUCGACCCAGACUCGGGCGCUGUCACCACCCAGACGGAGCUGGACUAUGAGGACCAGGUUUCUUACACGCUGGCCAUCACUGCUCGGGAUAACGGCAUCCCGCAGAAGUCUGACACGACCUACCUGGAGAUACUAGUGAAUGAUGUUAAUGACAACUCCCCCCGUUUCCUCAGAGACCACUAUGUGGGCUCGGUGAUGGAGGAUGUACCAGUGUUCACCAGCGUGGUCCAGGUUUCUGCCAUCGAUAGAGACUCAGGGCUCAACGGCCGCGUCUUCUACACCUUCCAGGGCGGUGAGGAUGGUGAUGGGGACUUUAUAAUCGAGUCCACCUCUGGCAUCGUUCGCACGCUGCGCAGACUAGACAGAGAAAAUGUUCCUGUUUACAGUCUGCAGGCCUUCGCUGUAGAUAAAGGCGUUCCUGCUCUGAAAACACCAGUAAACAUUCAAGUAACAAUCCUGGAUGUGAACGACAACCCUCCUGUGUUUGAGAAAGAUGAGUUUGACAUCAUGGUGGAGGAAAACAGCCCCAUAGGCCUUGUGGUCGCAUACAUAUCAGCCACAGAUCCAGAUGAAGGCAGCAAUGCACAAAUUAUGUAUCAGAUAGUGGAGGGAAACAUCCCAGAGGUGUUUCAGCUGGAUAUCUUCUCUGGAGAGCUGACUGCAUUAAUAGACCUGGACUACGAGUCGAGGUCUGAGUAUGUUAUAGUGGUCCAGGCCACCUCUGCCCCUCUGGUCAGCAGAGCCACCGUCCACAUAAAACUGGUCGACAAGAACGACAACGUGCCCGUGCUGAAAAACUUCCAGAUCAUCUUCAACAAUUACGUGACCGACAAAUCGAGCAGCUUCCCCACAGGAGUGAUCGGACGCAUCCCGGCCUUCGACCCCGACGUCUCGGAUCAGCUCCACUACAGCUUUGAGGUGGGAAAUGAGCUGAACCUGGUGGUCCUGAACCAAAGCACGGGGGAGAUCCAGCUGAGCCAGGCCCUGGAUAACAACCGGCCCCUGGAGGCCUCCAUGAGGAUCUCUGUGUCAGAUGGCAUCCACUCAGUGUCGGCUCAGUGUCUCCCAAUCACCAUCAUCACAGAUGAAAUGUUGUCCAACAGCAUCACAUUGCGACUCGCCAACACCUCCCAGGAGCACUUCCUGUCGCUGCUGCUCGCUCAGUUCCUGGACGGUGUGGCCCGAGUCCUGUCUGCCGCCCCCGAAGACGUCGUCAUCUUCAACAUCCAAGACGAUACAGACUCAGCGCCCGCAUUCCUCAACGUCAGCCUGUCCGUGGCUGUUCCUGUGUUUGCGGAGGGACACCAGCGUCCUCCAGGACUCGGUCACGGAGGAGAUCGUCCCGGUAGAGGCCUGGAAGCUGGAGAGUUCUUUGGCUCGGAGGAGCUCCAGGAGAGGCUGUACUUGAACCGCAGCCUUCUGGCUUCAAUCUCCUCCCAGGAAGUUCUUCCCUUUGAUGACAACAUCUGCCUGCGUGAGCCGUGUGAGAACUACAUGAAGUGUGUCGUGCUGAAGUUCGACAGCUUGGCGCCGUUUGUUGCGUCGGACACCAUCCUGUUCAGACCCAUCCACCCCAUCGCGGGGCUGCGCUGCCGCUGUCCCACCGGCUUCACGGGAGACUACUGCGAGACUGAGAUUGACCUGUGCUACUCUAAACCCUGCGGAGCUCACGGAGUGUGUCGCAGCAGAGAGGGAGGAUACACCUGCGAGUGCUUCGAGGACUACACAGGAGAGCGCUGUGAGCUGUCGUCCCGUUCAGGCCGCUGUGCUCCGGGAGUCUGUAAGAACGGAGGCUCCUGCGUGAACCUGCUGGUCGGCGGCUUCAAAUGCGAGUGUCCGCCGGGCGGCUACGAGAAGCCCUACUGCGAGAUGACCACACGCAACUUCCCGCCGCACUCCUUCCUCACCUUUAAGGGCCUCCGGCAGCGCUUCCACUUCACCCUCUCUCUCACAUUUGCCACCAAAGAGUCCGACGGUUUGUUGCUCUACAACGGCCGCUUCAACGAGAAACACGACUUCAUCGCCAUGGAAAUCAUCAAUGAGCAGAUACAGCUCACCUUCUCAGCAGGUGAAGCGAAGACGACAGUUUCCCCGUACAUCCUUGGAGGAGUCAGUGACGGCCAGUGGCACGUGGUGGAAGUUCACUACUAUAACAAGCCCGUCUUCAGCCAGGCCGGCCUCCCUCAGGGCCCCUCGGAUCAGAAGGUCGUUGUCGUGACGGUGGACAACUGUGACACCUCCGUCGCUCUGAGGUUCGGUCACAUGAUCGGAAACUACACCUGCUCUGCUCAGGGCAGCCAGUCAGGAUCCAAAAAAUCUCUGGACCUGACCGGCCCGCUGCUCCUCGGAGGAGUCCCCAAGCUCCCCGAAGAUUUCCCUGUUCGCAACCAGCAGUUUGUGGGAUGCAUGAAGAACCUGCGUAUUGACAACCAGCACAUAGACAUGGCCAGCUUCAUCGCCAACAACGGCACUCUGCCCGGAUGCUCUGCCAAGAGACAUUUCUGCAACAAUAACCCGUGUCUGAACGGAGGAACCUGUGUGAACCUGUGGGGCUCCUUCAGCUGCGAUUGCCCGCUUGGCUUUGGAGGGCAAAACUGCGAAAGAGUUAUGGCCGGCCCACAGCGUUUCCUCGGUAACAGCAUGUUGCAGUGGAACAACCUGGCGGCGGCGUCCUCCGUCCUCUGGCAUGUGGAGCUCAUGAUCCGCACACGUCAAGCCAGCGCCACACUGCUGCACAUCUCCUCCGGCCUGCAGCACAACCUCACACUGCAGCUGCGAGGGGGGAGUGUGCUGAUGGGGCUACACAGGGGGGAGGACUCCACUCUCUCCCGGGUAGAAGAGGUUCUGGUGAACGAUGGAGAUUGGCAUCAUUUGCAGCUGGAUAUUAGCAGCCUGGGAGGAGCAGCGAGCCACCACAAGGCUGUGCUGUCUUUAGACCACGGACUCUACCUGGCCAGCAUGGAGGUGGACGGGAAGCUACGGGACUCAAAGCUAAAGUCUGUCAGCGUCGGAGGAUUGGCAAGACCUGAUGGGAAAGUUCAGCAUGGCUUCCGUGGCUGCAUUCAGGGUCUUCGUGUUGGUGGAGCUCUGAGUCUGUCUCAGGCCAGGAAGGUGAACGUGGAGUCGGGCUGCAGCGUCCCCGACCCCUGCAGCUCCAGCCCCUGUCCGUCCAACAGCUACUGCAGCGACGACUGGGACAGCUACUCGUGCACGUGCCUCAACGGUUACUAUGGAGCCAACUGCACCGACGUUUGCUCGUUGAACCCCUGCGAACACGAGUCAACGUGCAGCAGGAAGCCGGGCUCCUCUCGUGGUUACGCCUGCGACUGUCCGAGCAACUACUUCGGCCACUACUGCGAGAAAAAGACCGACUUGCCGUGCCCCAGAGGCUGGUGGGGUCACAAGACCUGCGGUCCUUGUAACUGUCAGACAAGCAAAGGUUUUGACUCUGACUGCAACAAGACGAGUGGAGAGUGCCGCUGUAAGGACAACCACUACCGUCCUGAGGACAGCGUCACCUGCCUGCUGUGCGACUGCUACCCGGUCGGCUCGUUCUCCAGAGCUUGUGACCGAGAGAGCGGCCAGUGUCAGUGUAAACCCGGAGUCAUCGGCCGUCAGUGUGACCGCUGUGACAACCCGUUCGCUGAGGUUUCUGCUAACGGCUGUGAAGUAAUCUAUGACAGCUGCCCUCAGGCCAUUGAGGCUGGAAUAUGGUGGCCCAGGACUAAGUUUGGUCUCCCUGCAGCGGUUCCCUGUCCCAAGGGAACUCUCGGAACAGCGAUCCGACACUGUGAUGAGCACAAGGGCUGGCUGCCUCCCAAUCUGUUCAACUGCACCUCCGUCACCUUCGGCAAGCUGAAAGCUCUGUCUGACAAGUUUUCCCGUAACUCGUCGCUCCUCGACUCCGGACACGUUCAGCAGACAGCAGCCAUGUUGGCCAACGCCACCCUGCACACAGAGAAAUACUACGGCAGCGAUGUCAAAGUGGCCUAUCGGCUCACGCAGAGUCUCCUGCAGCACGAGAGCAGCCAGCAGGGCUUCAACCUCACAGCGACGCAGGACGUUCACUUCACUGAGAAUCUGGUCCGUGUGGGCAGUGCCAUCCUGUCCGCAGACACCCGGCCACACUGGGAGCUGAUCCAGCACUCGGAGGGCGGCACGGCAGCGCUGCUGCGCCACUAUGAGGAAUACGCAAACACACUGGCACAGAACAUGAGGAAGACCUACCUCAGCCCCUUCACCAUCGUCACACCAAACAUCGUCAUCUCUGUGGACCGUCUGAAAAAGAUGAAUUUUGCUGGAGCCAAACUACCGCGGUACCAGUCAAUGAGAGGUCCUCGUCCUGCAGACCUGGAGACGGCCGUCACUCUGCCUGACUCGGUCUUUCACCCACCUGUGGACACUAAAGGCCACAGACACCUGGACGUCUUCCCAGAGUCGUCGAUGAGGAAUCGCUCAGCUAACAGGAAGAGACGCCACCCAGAUGACAGCCAGCAGGACGCCAUCGCCAGCGUGAUCAUCUUCCACAGCCUGGCCUCGCUGCUACCAGAGAACUACGACCCCGACAAGAGGAGCCUCCGCGUCCCAAAGCGUCCGGUCAUCAACACACCGGUGGUCAGCAUCACGGUUCACGACAACGACGAGCUGCUGCAACAUGCGCUGGACAAACCCAUCACUGUGCAGUUCCGCCUGGUCACCACAGAGGAGCGCUCCAAACCCAUCUGUGUCUUCUGGAACCACAGCAUACUUGCUGGAAACGGCGGCUGGUCAGCGAAAGGCUGCGAGGUGGUUUUCAGGAACAGCACCCACAUCAGCUGCCAGUGUUACCACAUGACCAGCUUUGCGGUGCUCAUGGACAUCUCCAGGAGGGAGAACGGAGAGAUCCUGCCAAUCAAAAUCCUGACCUGGAGCACAGCUGGUGUGACGCUGGGCUUCCUCUUCCUCACCACCAUCUUCCUCCUCUGCCUGAGAGCCAUGCAGUGCAACAAGACCAGCAUAAUCAACAACGGAGCCACCGCUCUCUUCCUCUCCGAGCUCAUCUUCAUUCUGGGCAUCAACCAGGCCGACAACCCGUUUCUGUGCACAGUCAUCGCCAUCCUGCUGCACUUCUUCUACCUCUGCACCUUCUCCUGGCUCUUCCUGGAGGGGCUGCACGUCUACCGCAUGAUCAGCGAAGUCCGAGACAUCAACUACGGACCCAUGAGGUUCUACUACCUGAUCGGCUGGGGAGUUCCUGCCUUCAUCACAGGUUUGGCGGUUGGACUGGACCCUGAAGGCUACGGGAACCCGGACUUCUGCUGGCUGUCGAUGUACGACACUCUGAUCUGGAGCUUUGCUGGACCCAUCGCCAUGGUGGUGUCGAUGAACGUCUUCCUGUACAUCCUGUCGUCCAAAGCUUCCUGCUCGCUGAGACACCACAGCAUGGAGAAGAAAGAGCCUCGUGUCUCGGGCCUGAAGACCGCUGGUUGCGUCCUCUUCCUGGUCUCCGUCACGUGUUUCCUGGCGCUGCUCUCCGUCAACAGUGACAUGAUCAUCUUCCACUACCUGUUCGCUGGCUUCAACUGUGUCCAGGGUCCCUUUGUUUUCUUCUUCCGCAUCGUCUUCAAUAAGGAAGCAAGGAACGCCAUGAAGUACUGCUGCAGCCGCAAGCGCCCGGAUCAUAUGAUCAAAUCCAAGGCUGCUGGCUAUAAAUGCAACACAAACUACAUGGACGGCAGGUUGUAUCACCUCCCCUUUGGAGACUCCAGUGUGUCUCUAAACGGCACCAUGCAGAGCGGCAAGAGCCAGCAGAGCUACGUACCGUUUGUCCUCCGGGACGACGGUUUAAGCAGCAGUCAGGCCCACAUCGCUCUGAACGACCACGCAUCUCUCUUCCACGAAACUAAGAAGCACUUAGAUGAUCAUGACAGCGACUCUGACAGCGAUUUGUCUCUUGAGGACGACCAGAGCGGCUCCUACGCCUCCACGCACUCCUCUGACAGCGAGGACGAGGAGGGUCCCCUCCCACCUGAGGAAUGCUGGGAAAACCUGGCGUCUAACGGGACCAAGAGAUCUCAGCCACAUGACAACAGUUUGACUAAGAUGUACUGGCCCGGAGAUUACGCAGAAGCAGUGAAUGACAGCGAGCUCCCUGGUGGAGACAGACUGAAGAUGGAAAGUUUUUCCAAUCCGGAGCAGAGCCUCGGUCGUGACGCCCGGACAUUAUCAGAGGAGCGGACGCAGGACGCCACCACGCUGCUGCUGCUGCCGAGUCUGCCAAACUUCAACGCCCACCCACAUAAAGGGAUCCUAAAGAAGAAGCAGCUUUCUCCCAUCAUAGAGAGGAAUGGUCUAAACCGCAUCCACAAUGAACUGUGUGAAAACGCUCCGGGCACCGCGUCUCCGCAGGGAUCCUCCUCCAGUGACGGUCGAGCCGGUCCGGCUAAACCCGGCUUCCCCGACCAGCUGAACGGUGUCGCUCUGAGCAUCAAGGCGGGGACGGUGGACGGUGACUCGUCAGGUUCAGAAUUUUUAUUCUUUAAUUUUAUCCCAUGAAGCUCUGAUCCUCAUUCAGAAACAAUCAGGAUCACUGUCUUCAGAUUGGUGCAUCAUUUUAGCAUCCGUCACCCUCACGGCUCGUUUGUGUUCGUCUGUGUGGAAGUGUCUCAUGCCUUAUUUUUUUUUUCAUCUAUUUUUGUCUUCUUUCUUGUGUUGUGCUGCGUUUGUCUCCCACACUUGCCGCUCCGUCCACCAUCCAUCCAUCCUGAACUCCUCCUCCUUCUCCUCACACCACCCUGUUUUCCCAGCAGCCACUGCAACACCUCCAUGUGACCUCGCUGAUGGAGGGGUGUGUCUUUGCAGGUCAUAGAGCCUCCUUCCUCCACAGAGACUGCAAACAAGGAGCACCGGACGUCCCCUUCGACAAAAAACAAAAAAAAAGUGGAAAAAGAAGGAUUUCCCCCUUCAUCGUCAUCGUCAUCAUCAUCAUGAUCCUCUGAAGGAGUGUGUGCGUGUCGUACUGUAUCCGUGUGUGUCUGUGUGUGUGAGUUCAUACAUGUGUGCCAAACCUCAGGAGUCACUGCACUGGACGAGCUCACGCACACCGACAGAACGAGUCUCACUCUCCCUUUAAGGAAAUCGUUUUGUUUACAUACUUGAAGCAAUGCACUUUUUUUUUUAAAUUUACUACCCAGAUUUGUUGGUGGUCGACUUGUUUUUUUUUUAUUUUGUAGUCCUUUUCUUUUUUUUUUGUUCCUAUAUAUAUAUUGUUUUGAAGACUGUGGAACAAUAAAGAGGUCAUGCUUUUCGGGUGGGCCAUUUAGCUGUAGACUUGCAAACAUUCAGGGAAAUUCAUUUUUUCAUGCAGAACUGUUUGGUGAAGUCUUUCUGGUUCGCCUGCUUUUGUUAGUCUGUGCCAAUCGAAGGUUUGAGGAGUUCAGACUCGCAUCACGUGUCUGAAAUGUCCCAGACUCAUAGUGAGUGCAGACGCAGAGGCUCAUUGUGUAUUCAUGAACUGAACUUGAAAAAGAAUCGCUGUAUCUGCCUGUCAAUGGAUGCUCCACAUAAGCUAUUUCUCAUCAAUGAAGGAUGCUUCCAGAGGCAACAGCUGUUCACAGCUGCAUCAGACUGACGGCCUUCAAGGGGGCAAACCUGCAUGUGCAGACCUAAAGAGGACUCAAAGGACUUUUGAUACAUCUACUUUUUGUUUUUGUAAAUCACGGAGAGCACAUUUUUUAUGGACGUUACAAUCGCUCUCACUUUUUCAUCAUCGUAUCUGAGGGAUGAACGCAUUCAUUGGAGUUCAGUGACUAAACAGCCGUAUUUUAUAGAUUAGCAAACAGAGCUUUUGUCUUUUGUAAAAUAAUUAAAAUACAUGCAAAUUUGUGCUGUAAUACUAUCUGAGCUGUAAUCCAUUUUUACUGUACAGAGUGGCCUGUAAAUGAAUCAAGAACAUACCUUUAAAUGUAAGUAAAUAUGUAAACUUCCUACACACAUUCAGAAAUUGUUUUUAGGAGAUUCUUGGGAGGAAAUAUCUUUUACAAGUUACUACUUUUAAGUCAGAUUGAUGUCAUGUUUGUGGAUGCCAUUUUUACCAACCACAUGAGUUUAAUGUAUAUAUUUUAUGCCAUAAGAAUCAACUACCAAGUCAAUCAUGGAGUUCUAACACUGGUGUCCAAACAGAGGAUUGUCUCUUUUAGUCUGCCGCUCCUGUUUUUACUGAUUAAACUGUUUUCUACCAUUUCCAUCUUACCUCAAAUUUUCUAUCGGUGCCAAUUCAAAAUAAAGUCACUGUGUUUUGUUUUUUUCCUGUAUAUGAUGUAAUUUGCUACGCAGCUGUUUGCUGACAUCCAGAUGCAACUGUACAAAUGGAAUAAUCAGACAUUUGCUAUAAAACCGUUACUUUCAUUACAAAAAAAUGCAGCUUGUUUAUGUCCACUUGAUUAAAUUUCCCUUGAGUUUUCA